UGCAACAAGAAGUAAAGGCGAGGCAGGGUUGGCUGCAGAUGACCUUAGGCAACCGCUGUUGCCAGAUCAACAUUUGAAAAAUAAGACGCCCGGUGGCAGUUUGGGAAGCCGCCUUCUAUGUAUUCUGUGGAAUGGACCAUGGAGCUCGGGGAUGUUCUGUAUUCUGACAGUCUGAUCCAUCGCGUUACGCUACCCAAACUGAAGAGCCCGGGAGGCUGAAUUUAAAAAGCGUCCUCACUGAAUUUGCUUCGGCCCGUUAAGAGCACGGCUCCUAAAAGCAGAAACAGAUAAAAUCUCAUCAUGGGAGCUGUGGUGGUUGACGAUGGUCCUAGCGGAGUUAAAGCCCCAGAUGGCGGCUGGGGCUGGGCUGUUCUCUUUGGGUGCUUUGUCAUCACGGGAUUCUCCUAUGCCUUCCCAAAGGCCAUGAGCGUCUUCUUUAAAGAGCUUAUCCGGGAGUUUGGUGUUGGAUACAGUGACACCGCGUGGAUCUCCUCCAUUCUGUUGGCUAUGCUUUAUGGAACAGGGCCCCUGUGCAGUAUGUGUGUCAAUCGGUUUGGUUGCCGUCCUGUUAUGCUGGUCGGAGGCCUCUUUGCCUCAUUGGGGAUGAUCGCUGCUUCCUACUCCACUAAUAUAAUACAGGUCUACCUUACCGCUGGUGUCAUUACCGGACUGGGCCUGGCACUCAAUUUCCAGCCGUCGCUCAUCAUGCUGAAUCGCUACUUUAGCAAAAAGCGACCUUUGGCCAAUGGGUUGGCUGCAGCUGGAAGCCCUGUGUUUCUUUGUGCUCUUUCCCCCUUGGGGCAGCAACUACAGCAUGUGUAUGGAUGGCGAGGAGGAUUUCUCAUCUUGGGGGGGUUGCUUUUGAACUGCUGUGUUUGUGGAGCUCUGAUGAGACCGUUGGAAGCUCCUAAAAAACCUGACGCUUCCCAAGCGGCCCCUGAGAAGCAAAUCAAGAAAAAGCUACUGGAUUUCAGUGUCUUCAGAGAUCGUGGCUUCGUAAUCUAUACAGUAGCUGCAUCCAUCAUGGUGCUGGGCUUAUUUGUGCCACCGGUCUUUGUGGUGAGCUAUGCUAAGGAUAUGAAGAACCCAGACGGCAAAUCAGCUUUACUUCUGACCAUUCUUGGAAUGGUUGAUAUCUUUGCUCGGCCCAUUUGUGGAAUAGUGGCUGGCUUGAAGUGGGUUAGGCCCCGUUGUGUCUACCUCUUUAGCUUUUCUAUGCUCUUUAAUGGUUUUACUGAUCUCAUGGGGUCCAUGGCCUACAAUUAUGAUGGACUGGUGGUCUUCUGCAUUUUCUUUGGCAUUUCCUAUGGAAUGGUUGGUGCUCUUCAGUUUGAAGUUCUCAUGGCUAUUGUUGGCACACAGAAGUUUUCCAGUGCCAUUGGUUUAGUUCUCCUGAUGGAGGCGAUGGCCGUUCUAAUUGGACCACCUUCAGCAGGGAAAGUCUUGGACGCAACACACAAAUAUAUGUAUGUUUUUAUUAUGGCUGGCGUUGAAGUGGUCACUUCGGCUUUGGUGCUGGCUAUAGGAAAUGCCUUCUGUAUUAAAAAACCAGCAGAAACACACACACAAGAAGAUGUCGCUGAAAGAGAAGAGUUAAACAAAUCUGGAAACGCCAAGGUGGACUCUAUUGAAGUGGAACACUUUCUGAAAGACGAAAAGAACGGGGAAGUUGUAACUAACCCAGAAACCUGUGUGUGAAUGCGACAUGGACGAAUGCCAUAUAUUUAGAGGAGGAGUCAGAACAUUUCAACACUUAAUUUAUUUUAGAAAUAGGACUAGCUUAGGGCUGGGCCAUCUUGUUUGGGAACUGGAGGCCAACCAGCUUGUGAGAUCACCCUUUGGAAGCUGGCUUGUUUAAAAACCUUUCUCCCCACUUAAAAUGGGGUUGAUCUUCAGGCUAAGCUGCCUGGGCAUACCUACUGCUGUAAGCUAAACAAAUGGCCUUCUAAACACAUGUAGAGGUCCCACUACGCAUCACAAGAAAAUGCUCACUUCGAUGAAACUGUAUUUUAACUAGAGAGGAAGUGUACAUAAAUGUUCCCGUAAUGCAGAGGAAAUACCCGUCUAUUUUUGUGUGUGUGGUGCACCUCAAUGUAUCUUCCAUGUCUUUGUGUGCUUAAGGAGGAAUGGCUUAGCAAGGCGAAAUCUCAGGGACUUGGUUGUCUCUAAUAGGUUUCCAAACCUAUUAUUUUCCACAUGUGUUUAGAUCAUUUGACUCAACCCUAAUCUAAUUUUGAUAACCUGUACAAUUUUCAAUAACUUUUUGGUUUGUUAAAUUGAUUUUUUAUGAGUUUUGUUUUCAUUGUCCUUUUUACUGGAAAUAUUAUACAUGUACCGAGAAGGACACUGCAGUCCGUCCCAGGAAACUCCACAACUGCUCUUCUCAAAUGACAUCUGGAGAAAAGUGAUGUUUAGUUCCAGCAGGCCAAAAGAGCAAUCCUUGUGUGCUCCCUGCUCAACUCAGCUUUAAGAACAGACCCUCAUUUAUAGAGGAAGCCCUUCCAAACACAGGUGAUGGGUAUUCAUUUCUAGACGUGAGCCUCCAACAUUUGCAGGUUCCAGAUGAUCCUGGAGGAGGGGGAGCGGCCACACCUUGUGUGAUCAAAAAGGUGCUAACCAAAUGCAUUUUCACUAAACACCGUACCACCUCCAUUUUGAGGCAUUCAUGGGAUUGUUGGUCAUUACAGGAUAGUAUGGUUGAAAGGAAAAAGAGGAGGGCAAAGGAGGUAGGUUUGCCUCCUGGCACCCAUAUUCUUUGGAAUUAAAACUCCAGUGGUGCAGCUCUCCUGUCUCUGUCCACAUAUUACUUCACAAGCUGCUGAGAGUCACAAUCAGACAGGAAAUGGCACCCUGUGGGGACAGAGGUGGGGUUGUUUGCAGAGGUGAGAUGGGUUUCAUUUGGAAGCACAGUGUUAGGGGAGGCGAAAGCAGUUUAACUCACAGCAUCUCCUUACUUGAAAGAACCGCUAGGCUUGCUCCGGGAUUCGCACUACGACUUAAUGCAUGUUAAUCACAGUCAUCUCACAAUUAACAUGGACUCUAAGCUGCUCCUUCAUAAAGUAUUUUAAAGAUGGGCCGAUGAUUCUAAGGGCUUGCAUACACAAUUAGAGGCAUUUGAGGUUCUUCCACAGGUGGGUGUUUUAGGGUUAUUAGUUCUGAAUGAAAAACCACAUAUGCGGAUAGUUGAUAUAAGGAAUUGAGGUUAGAAUUUUGAGUUGUGCAUUGAUCCCAUCCUAUGGUUUACAUAGGGGGUCACCAAGUGGCAGCCACAGGCAGAAACCUGGCCUUCAACAUGAAGUGUCUGGCCAGCCUGUUACUAUACUACACUACAUUCAUGCCCUACAAGCUCACUAGACGGGUAAGAUGACAUGAUAGCAGACAGAUAUUGGCUUAUUCCUCUGCUCUUGUACCAUCCCUUACACCAUGCGUAUGUGGAAAAUGCCAGGCUCUUAGUGGAAGGGAGAUUGAUGAAGGGAGACUGAUGAGGAUACGUGAUAAUCUUAGUGGGAAAAGGAUGGUAAAACAAUUCUGCCAUGCACUCUGAGCCCAGAAAUGAGGUCAAAUCCAUGCAUGUAUGUCCCAACUCACGGAGUUAGAAAAUUGGUUGUCACUUGCUUACAAGAUCACUAAAUGAUGACUGGGCACAUUCUGCCAGUUGUCAAAGAUGAUGGUUCUUUCCCUAAAAAUGCAGUGAGAUAUUAGCCCUGUUCACUCAUUCCCUCUCAUGUGAUUCCAAGUGUUUGAGUGAAGAGAGCAGGGACACAGUUGCUAGCACCCUCCCUACAUUGUGAUCCCAACAGCUUGUAGUUGUGUUGCUCUCUACACAGUCAAAUGCAAUUUCUGCAGCAGAGAAAGCAGGCUCCUCCCUAGGGAAAUGCUGCUCAAACACGCAGAGGGAUGCAGGGAGGGGCUGAUGGGGACAUGAUGGAGGGGGUGAGGCCAACAAGUGCACUUCCUCCUCACAUGCAUGUGGAGGAAUGAAUAGGAGCAUUGCCAAGACACUAAGAAAAUAGUCAGAGACUUCUAAUCUCUAACAUAAUGUUUAACCAAAGGGGGAAUGUGCUGAUUAUUACUUUUGAUAACAUUACAUUUAGCAGAAGCUUCUAUUCUUCUGAAUUUAGUAGUAGCAGCUGAUGGCCAAACCCAGGCAAAAACGACCUCACAAAACUUAGAUCAACCUUGAUCUGGAAUGCAUAGUAUUUUGGGUGAAUAUACCAAGAUCUAAGUUAACCUACAUUAUGAGAAGGAAAUGAUUGCUCUGAGCACCAAAAUGAGGUGUCAGGUUGAUGCCCUGAUGAAACGAUUAAAAAAUGGUAGGCUAAGAUAGCUGUACCACAUAAAACAUUUGCAAGGGAGGGCAUGUCAGCUUCGGGGGGGGGCAGUCCAAAGUUGGCUCCUCAACAUAGUCAAAAUUUCAUUAAUAUGUUCCUUAAUCAAGUUCCUUAAUCAAGAUAAGCAUUGAUCUAGUGAGAACUUCAUACUGGCUAUUGAAUUAAAAUGUAUUUGAUGGCAGGCGCCAGAUGUUUGCCUGAUAAUUUUAUUAUUUUGUAUUCUCCUACACAUGCAUACAUCAGCUAUUUAUUUGUAAACCCAGUACAUUCUUUGUACGGAACAGUCUCCUUGUCCUCUUUCAGCUGCAGAUCCUUUGCAGAAUUCUGGCUAUGCCUGUUGAUUUAAGAUGGUUAGGAAACAUGUGUUCUGCUGCACUGACUCAUGUAGAGCUUAUUCAACACCAUACAUCUGCUUCUGGGCUGUGCUGGGGCGGGGGAGCAGAAUCACAUGCCCCCAGCAAAUGCUGUACUCUUUAUUAUUAAACUGCAGUGUGGAUUACACUUCCAGUCCUAGAAAGAGCAACAUGUUGAUUGUUGUGAAAUAAAAAGCAAAGAACUAAAUAUUAACAACUUCCCUACUCCCCAAGCUCCAAAAGCUAUUUGUCAAGGAGUGAGUGGGGAUGCCAUUUUGAUAAAAAUAGUAAUAAUAAACGACUCAGAGCUCAGUAGCCCUCCGGAUCAUAGCUUACAUAUUUAGAAGAGAAAAGGAGAAAGAGAGAAAGGAGAUAAGCAAUGGGAAGCUAGAGCCAUAGGGAAGUGUUGCUUUCACCUCACAGGACUUUGCCAAACAGUAGUUUUAAACAGUCACAAAUGCUGGGAGAAAUGAUGUUCCUUUGUCCAAGCUCCUACCAGAUGUCAUUUUUUAAGGGACAUAAAUUUAACUAGCUUGUGAAGUGCAGGAUUUCAGAAAUCAGGGAUACAAAGGAAAAUCCUUUUACUGGGACAAUUUGAGUCUUGGCUUCAUACAUUUCUUCUCAAGACAGAAAGCUGCUUACAACGCCUUUGUUCACAAAAACAAGGAAAAAACCCCAUCACCUUCUCAUUGACUAUGUAUCUAUGUAUCUUUUUUUGGGGUGGGGGCAAAAUCUCUAGAGAAGAAAUGUACUAUGCAUAAUGUACAAUUAACAACAUUUCCACGAGUUUCUAUGCUAACUGCGAGGGAUAAAAAGAACCCCCUACCCCUUGGUGCAGUUCUGUGAAGUAAAAUUUACGACACUGUUUUCUGUUCGGUACAUGGCUAUAACUUACACAGUGCCAGAUGACAUUUGACUAUUCUAUAUUUGAUGGACUUUUCUGUUAUCCCCUCCAGCUGUUUUCUAUAAGGAAUGUAUGUAAACAUGUAUGUGUGAAUGCAAAUGUGCGCAAAAGGGUUGAUGCAGGAGAACACGUCCGCAAAUGAAAAUGAGCUACAGCAGCUUACACACGUACCCUUUGAUCCAGAGACUUGCAUGUGCUCAAGAACACACAUAGCAUCUCUUGAAUGGACAAAGGUUCUGAUUCUUUUCAAGGGAUGCGGCACACGUACAGUAUCAGGAUAUGCAGCCUAGGUCCGCAGUAUGCCCUUCUAAGAUGAAUGGGGAAGAUUGUGUGUGCAGGGGAAACUGUGGGUCCAUUGAUACUCUCGCACACAGAUCCCUGCAUUCAGGUAUCCGAACAGACAAAAGAACCAACUUGGGUUCUCUACUACAUAAAGCGAAAGUACCAAAUUAUUUUUUAUUCUCUUUUUAAAUACGUAGUAUAUAAAGAUCUAUAUUUUUAUCCGUUUGGAGGAGGAGUGAAAGCAGUUGAACCAAAUAGGUUGAAUGAUGCAACAGACCUUUAAGUAGUGACCAAGAGCCUUGUUUUUCCCCUGCCCCCUUCAACACACAAUUGCUGAAGGCACACACCACCUUGGGGCAUGCGAUAAGGUUGUGUGAGCACAAGAUGCUUGGAAACGAUCCAUUCUGGUGAGUCCCUUCUACGCUAUUUUAUCCAGAGUCUAUGCAAUUCUUUUCAUACUUCAACAAAACUAGCCCCCUUCAACCGUUACCGUACGCUCAGAGGUUUGCCUUCUUCAUUCUCAAAAGUGUAGCAGCUGCUGCAGCAGCAGCAGCUCAGUGGUGAGGGAGUGUUUCCAGGAGAACAAAGCUCUUGUGUGCUAUGGGCAAUGUUUCGUGCAGGAUUUGUCUGUCUCAAUUGUCGGCGUGUGCGUGUGUGCGUGCAAUAUAUGGCUGUGUAUGACUGUGCUUGUGACAGGUUUGAAGCAAGUGAAGUCACUUUUGUCCCUGCUUUCAUGUAAAUGCACUUUAAUGUAAUACAAUGUGGAUGUCAUGUCAAUGUAAUCUGGAUUUAUGCUUUUCUAGUGAACUGUUACAACCAUAGUGAAUAAAGCUAUUUAUUCUGU